GCCGGGAAGGUGACAGACGGUCACCGAAACGACGGCUGAAUAAAAGACUUGGUACUCAGUACUAGCUAUACUAGUAAUCAUGUCGAUCGUGAGUGGCUUGCUGCCCACCGUCAGCUGCCUAUGGAGCCUACAUACGCUGCUAGUCGUGGCUGUGGCCGUCCUCGCUGCAGCGGCGUGGAAGAGACGCCGGUCAUCAGCUAGCCUGCCGCCGGGACCCAGGGGACUGCCCCUGGUCGGCAACAUGUUCAGCAUGAGCAAAGAUGUCCCAGUGGUUUUCCAAGAGUGGUCUAAGAAGUACGGGGACGUCUUCACGGUGUACACGUUCAGCCAGCCGAGGGUUGUCCUGAACGGUUUCGGCGCCAUUCGCGAGGCCCUGGUCACGCAUGCCGAGGUGUUCUCCAGCCGGCCUCCCGUCCCUGUCCUGGGGUCGCCGGACCAGAGCGCAAAAGGCUUGGUCUUUGAACCGUACACUCCUCGAUUCAAAGAGCACAAGAAGUUCACCAUGUCCGCGCUUCGAGACUUCGGGGUCGGCAAGAGGAGCAUGGAAGGGAAGAUUCUAGAAGAAGCACGGGCACUCAGCGAUGUCAUCUCAAAGAAAGGAGACCAGGCCUUCUGUAUCUCCGAGCUGUUGAAGAACGCAGGCUGCAAUGUCAUCUCCUCCGUCGUCUUCGGCUCUCGCUACGAGUACGAUGACCCAAAGGGGAAAGAGCUUCUACUGGUGGUCCAAAAAACGUUCGCUAUCAAGCGCCAUCAUAUGCUGCCCUUUAUAUUCCCGGCAUCCAAAGUCAUUCCUAGUUUGAGGAAGGCUUCCGAAGGGUUUCUCGACAACCAGCUGAAGCUGAGGGAACACAUCCGAGAGGAGAUAGUCAGACACAAGGAAACUUUUGACCCGAAUGACGUCAGGGACUUUUUGGACGCGUUUCUCCUGGAAGCUAAACAGCGAGAGGGCGACGAGAAUUCCACCUUCACUGAAGAGCAACUUGUUGAGCUUGUCCGGCAGCUGUUCCUGGCAGGGACCGACACCACAGCGAACACCUUACACUGGGCCGUGCUGUUCAUGGUGCUGCACCCGGACGUACAGCGGAAAGUACAGCGGGAGAUAGACGGCGUGGUGGGGCCUGACCAGGAACCCUCCAUGGAACAUCGCAGCCAGAUGCCCUACACUGAGGCCACCUUGAGUGAAGUAAGCAGGAUGGCAGCAACCGCUCCAAUGGCAACUAGGCACUUCACCACCGGUGACGUGUUCUUCAGAGGUUACCACAUUCCCAAGGCCACAGGGGUUGAGGUGAACCUCUGGUCGGUGCUGUAUGACCCGCAGGUCUGGCCCGAGCCGCACAAGUUUGACCCGACCCGCUUUCUGGACCACUCCGGCAACUUCGCCAGGAGGGAGGAACUGAUCGUGUUUUCUAUGGGUGAGUAG